AUGGCAGUUGGACUCACAGUGCUGGUGUUAUUCUUAGCAGUUUUUGUUGCUGGAUUUAUAUUGUUGGUCAUGGGGGCCAUUAAUUCCCAUUUUUCCAGCUCAGAAAUUCCUCCUGGACUGGACCAGCCUGCAAAGCUCCGAAUCAUUCAUAUCAUGUUAAUAUGCACAGAUGUGGUGGGAAAGAUUUUGAACAACAUUGGCAUCUGCACUGAGAUGAGCUUUGCCCGGUACUUGCAAGACAGAAAGACACAGGGAGUGGACCCGAAGCUCAUCAUCAAGGACUUGUGGUUUGAGAAAGUGCCUGUAAGGAUUUACCAACCCAAACCUCCAAGUGCCAGCCAGAGGAGGGGAGUUAUGUUUUUCCAUGGAGGAGGAUGGGUAUUGGGAAGUCUUGAGACCCAUGACAAUCUGUGCCGCUUCAUCGCCAGGGAAAGCGAAUCUGUGGUUGUGUCUGUGGGGUACCGUUUAGCCCCUGAACACAAGUACCCUGCGGCGUACGAAGACUGCCUGAACACCACCGAGCACUUCCUGAGCAACACCGAGCACUUCGGGGUGGAUCCUGCCCGAGUCAUCGUCUGUGGGGACAGUGCUGGGGGCAAUCUAGCAGCUGCUGUUAGCCAGACCCUUGCAGGCAGGUCAGACCUCCCCAGACUCCGUGCUCAGAUCCUGAUCUACCCAGUCCUUCAGGCACUGGACUUCAAUUUACCAUCCUAUCAGCAGAAUCAGAGAGUCCCUCUCUUAUUCCGAAAAGAUGCUGCUUUCUAUGUGCUACAGUAUCUAAAUGGGAAUGCAAUAAACAUGGAAGAUCUCUUGGCAGGUUCUCAUAUCCCUGUAGAUAUUAAAUUAAAUUAUAGUAAGUGGUUGAGUCCAGAUAACAUCCCAGAGAAAUUUAAGGGCAGAGGCUACAAACCACAUGUGCUACUCAACUGUACAACUGAAGUUUUUGAGAAAACAAAGAGAUUCUGUGAGCCCACCCUGUGCCCACUGCUGGCUGAAGACAAAAUUAUUCAGCAGCUGCCUGAGGCUUUCAUCCUGACCUGUGAGUACGACGUGCUGCGGGACGAUGGGUUGCUGUACAAGAAGAGAUUGGAGGACAAUGGUGUUCGAGUGACCUGGUACCACCUCGAGGAUGGAUUCCAUGGGAUCGUAAGCCUGUUUGAGUUUUGUGGUUUGUCAUUUCCAUCUGGAAAAAGGGCUCUUGACAAUAUUGCAAACUUCCUAAAAAGCUUAUAG